GAUUUUUAUUGUUCUCUCUCUCUGUCUCUCUGUUCUUGAACUGAGCGAGUUCUUGUUCUUCCACCAUUUCCUGCUGCAUAAAGACAACAAUGCUGAACCAAUCUUUGGUCAUUUUCUGCUCUGUAAAACUGUAAAGUUUUCAACUUUUUCCCUUCUCUUGCUUCAUCCUUUGUUUGUAUUAGCUCUCUGCCUCUUCUUUCGAUGUCAGAUUCUUCUUUUUUCAUUAUCAUUAUUGGCAUUGUUUAGGGUCCAUUUUAGUGCUCAGAUUCCAGCAUUGGGGGUUGGGGUUUUUGGUUCAAUUGUGAAAACUGUAACUGAAAUGAGAUCUUGAUGAGGGUCAUAACCAGUUUCAUUUCAGUGUUCUUCACAUUCUCAUUCCUUCUCUUGAUUCCACUCUCAACCCCUCAAGUUCUUCAUGAUUCGUCUAGCAGCAACAAUGUAGCAACAAUUUCACCAAGAACCCUUGAUGCAAUUCUUCAAGAUUGUGCCUUUAAGGCACUAAUUAAGCCAAAAACUGGGACACCCUACGAUGCACAAGUCCCCAAGAAUCUCUCUGGGGUUAGUGUCUCAGCAUUGAGGCUAAGAAGUGGUAGUUUGAGGAAUAGAGGCUUCAAAUCCUACAAAGAAUUUCAGAUCCCAAUUGGGGUUCUUGAACAACCCUAUGUUAAAAGGCUUGUCUUGGUUUACCACAAUUUGGGAAAUUUAUCUGAAAAUUUUUACCCUUUACCUGGUUACUCAUAUUUGGCACCAGUUCUCGGCCUUUUAGCUUAUAGUGGUGCCAAUUUAACAGGUCAAGAUUUGCCUGAACUCAAUUUAGUUACUUCUGAUAACUCAAUUUUGAUUAACUUCAAGGAUGUGAAGAAAUUUCCCAUUGGUUUGGUUCCAAAAUGUGUGUUCUUUGAUCUACAUGGUUCAGUUCAGUUUGAUAUUUUGUUACCUGGAAAUGUUUGUUUCACAACAGAACAAGGGCACUUCUCAAUUGUUGUUGAGAGCAGCAAGAUUGCACCUUCACCGGAACCGGCUGCUGUCGCCGCUAACUUUGGCGACGAACACAAUCAUCAUCAUGGUGGGAACAAGGACAUGUCUAAGGUUUGGAUCAUUGUUGCAUCUGUGUUUGGAGGGUGCAUUGUGUUCAUCAUAUUGAGUUUGUUGAUUGUUAGAGUUAAGAGAGCAAAGAGGAGCAUGAGGAUUCAGCAAUUGGAAUUUGCAGCUGAGAGCGAUGAAACUUUGCAUAUGGCAUCAAUUGGUGGAACUAAAGCACCAUUGGCUGUGGGAACUAGAACAAGGCCAAUGAUUGAAAAUGAUUACAUUCCUUAGUUGAUUUUUGUAACUUUUUAGUGUCACAUUCCUUUGUAGAAUCAUAAAAUUUUUACCUUCAUUGCAACCAUUGAUUUCUCAUUGUUCAUAGUGAGUUCAGAUGUUUUAGGAUCUCAGUUUGCUUGGUUUUAUCAAUUAGUAUUGAUUGGUUUGAAUCUCAUAAU